GCACCACCGGAAACCAAUAUGGCGGCCGUCGAGGAAAAUAACUUCUUGACGCGAUAUUAGUGCUCGGUAGCUCGGAAAAGUUUAUUGAUUUGUUAUAGUGGCAAGUUUCCUGCAUGUGUUUUGAUUUUAGACGGACAAUAGUUGUCAGUUGUUUAACCCAGCGAACAAGUAGACCCACUCGAAGGUGCAAUUUAAGUCGGAAAAAUGAGUUUGUGGGAGAAGAUCGAACAGCGGCCGGAGUUCAAACAGGUUAUGCAGGAUUACUACCAAAGAAAAUGUCAAUAUGAACUGCGAUAUUUCUGUGCGAAGUGGAUUGAAACUACGAUACUAUAUAAUAAUAGGGCGCAAGGGGAUCUUACCAACGACGAACCGUUAUUUCAACAAAUAGCUAAGAAUUUUGUACAGGGCUUAAAAGCAGAAUUUCAAAGAAAUUUUCCGGGAUCAACCAACAUAAUUGACACAAUUGAUCAGUACCCACCGGAAGACUAUUAUCGUCACCUGCGAAAUGGAAUUCUCCAGGAGUUGCAAAUGAUGCGAACAUGCCCCCCUAAUGGAAACCACCAGCCUCCUCACGAAUUAACAACUCAAAUUAGAUUGACCCUAACUCAAUAUCUCACGAACAUGGUGACAAAGGAGAAGACUGUGAAAGUGCUCUGCGAACAGUUCCAUACUAGAACCGGUGAAUUCAGGGCAUUACAAAUGGGCAGCCCAAAUAGUACCCCGGAAUUCGAAGAACGAGUGAAAAUUAUUCUAAAUAACGAAUAUUUGGAAAUGAUUAGACAGAAAGAUGCACUAUUGGCUGACUUGCGAAGUUUCAUGACGCAUUACGAAACCGUACAGGUUGCAGUAAUAAAUGAACUGAAAAAUUGGCAAAGGUCGCAAGCAUUAGGUGGAAAUGGUCAGCCUUACAAAGAUAAUCUUGAUGAGAUACAAGAUUGGAUAGAAGGCCUGCUAGAAAUCAUAACUGCAGCACGUGGUGUCAUAACAAAGAUGCUCAGCUAUUGGGAGCAGUACAUUGGAGACAGUAAGACGAUACUUGAGGGAUUUGUCCGACAAGUAAUGCAUCUUCAGGAAAGUUUGAUAAUUUCAUCGUUUAUUGUGGAAAAGCAACCGCCUCAAGUUAUGAAAACCAACACAAGAUUUGCUUCCACGGUUCGUUGGCUCAUCGGCCAGCAAUUAGGAGUAAGCGCAGCGAAUCCGCAGGUAGAAUGCUUGAUUCUGUCAGAGGCUCAAGCACAGAGAUACUUUUCUCAGCGUCCCAUGAACGAUUGUCCUCCUCAUUCGUCAGGUGAAAUAACGAACAAUAGUAGCAGUAUGGAGUUCCAGCCUCAAUCGAGACAUUUUACAGCGAGUUUUAGAAAUAUGCAGUUGAAGAAAAUCAAACGUGCCGAGAAGAAGGGAACCGAGAGCGUAAUGGACGAGAAGUUUUCGCUUCUAUUUUACACAACGACAUCGUAUGGAGAUUACAGAAUCCGAGCAUGGACACUAUCUUUACCAGUCGUAGUCAUCGUGCAUGGCAACCAAGAACCACAGUCAUGGGCAACUAUCACAUGGGACAAUGCAUUUGCAGAGAUUACGCGCGAACCUUUCCAGGUGCCGGAGUACGUAUCAUGGCUAGAAUUGGCGUCAGCAUUGAAUACGAAAUUUUACUCGCAAACCAAACGUGCACUUACCGAAGAUAACAAAAGAUUUUUAUGUGAAAAAAUCUUCAGAAAUGAAUAUAAAUCAGACGAUACAAAGAAUUACGUGAAAUGGGGACAAUUUUGCAAAGAGCCUCUUCCGGGCCGUACGUUCACCUUUUGGGAUUGGUUCUUCGCAAUUAUGAAAAUGACCAAAGACCAUCUGGUUGGUCCAUGGCAAGCCGAUCGUAUUGUUGGUUUCAUCAAUAAGGAAAAGACAAUAGAGCAGCUGAGACAGUGUCAAGACGGAACGUUUUUGCUACGAUUUUCUGACAGUGAAUUGGGUGGCAUUACAAUUGCAUGGGUAAGAGCAGGCGAUACGAAUGAGGUGUUUAUGUUGCAACCGUGGACGGCAAAAGAUUUGAACGUUCGGGCUUUGGCAGAUCGGAUAAAUGAUUUAUCAUAUCUUCGAUAUUUGUACCCGAAUAUACCGAAAGAUGACGCAUUCGGAGUCUUUUAUUCUCCACCAGGAGGUGAGUUUUUAAGUGAACAACGAACAACUAAUGGCUACGUGAAAAGCAUAAUCAAGGCACACACACCUGGCUACUCGGAAAACUCGGGAAACGCUAGUUAUCCAAACACACCGCAACAUAAUAUGCAGUCACCGAACCAUUCGGUAGAUAUGAUGGAGAUGGGUGCAAGCAGCUUCCAGAAUAGCACGAUAAUGCAUCUCUAACUUGAUUAAUACAAACAGUUGCUAUAUUAACAUCUCAUUUGCGUAUUACUCUAUUUACAAACAUCAUUGAUAAAUGACAAAAUUUCAUCUGAUAGAUUUUUUUACAACGUAUUUACAUUUUUGAGAGUAUAUUAGAAUCGUAUUUCUGGAGACUAUUUACAUACAUUUAUGAGGAGGAAAAGAAGACAAAAUACAAUGAAAAUUACUGUGAAAAUUUCUAAAUGUCGAUGUACCUCUAUGAAAUAACGCAGAAAUGUACAAUAAUUAUUCGAAUGAGGAGUUCGUUGAUGAUGACUUUGAAUAUUUGCUGUCGACUUAAUAAGCGUGCACAUACAAUUAUGAAUUGGGGUAAAGUUCGAACGAAGUUUCUCGAGAAAUAAGGCAAAUAAUUGUAAAUGAUGAAUCUAAAAGAGGUUUUUAAUGAUCGAAAGUCGUCGACUGAAGGAAAUGUUCGUCACCUAGAUCGAUUUUUUCUAUACAAAACCAAUAUUUCUAGUUUUGAAGCAAUUAUUACUAACCUGUUACUUAAAGUAUAUAAUAUGAUUUAUAUUGCGGUGCGACAAAUAUAUUGUUUUUAGUUCGUGUCGUUAAGUUCGAAUGCGCAGCGUUAAAUUUGAAAUUGAUGCCAUUGAGAAGUAAUGCUUAUGUUUUUUAUAUAUUAUUCAUGUGCUAAUUGAAUAAGUUUAGUUUUCCAUAUUUACACAAUAUUUUUAUAUUAUAUGUAUACAAAAUGUAUUUCUAGGGAAUGCAAUUUUCUAUUCAUUAUGUUGUAAGUGCUAAUGCUGUUAUACUUUUGCACGAAGCAAUCGGUUUGAUUGGAAAGUCUAAUUGCGAACUACGUAUUGUGCAUGUUCCAAAAAUUUGUGUUAUGCUACACAUUCACAGACAAACAAAUCGCAAAAACGUGUAAUAAAUUAUUUUACGUUUAAGACCUCCCUUGUGGAUUCUAUUCAGCUACAGGAUUUUAACUUGAUGGAAAUAUAUGAUCAAUGUUAUUCGAGCUUAAUGUUGUUUCGCUGUUUCUCUUAACAUAAAAUAAACAACGUAUGUGGCAUUCCCACGAAAGCAAGGAUUGUUAAUAUUACUAUGAAACUAAGAGAUGUCUAUCAAUUGAUAUUUGCCUCGGGCUUAAAGAAUCGUCGUUCCUCGACCUACGGGCCGAGGACUGCCGUGAUGUAGAAGAAAACAACGAAAAUUAAAAGUUUACUUGAUAGAUGAUGGCUAUUUCAGAAAAUCAUUUGUUUCUUUACUGUGGUUUCAAAUCGAAUAAUCUAUUUUGAGAGAUAUUUUCUAAUGCUUGGUGCAAAAUUUUGUGAUCUUUUUCGUCUUUCGGACAUGUCCAGAUGAAGCUCUCCGCAGAGUUGAGUUCCGGGAUAUCGCCACAUAUACUUUACUCUUAAAACCCCGUAGGCAUAAGAAUGUUGACAUUUUUUUGUAUUUUGUGCUGAGUUUUUUUACAUAUACAAUUAACUAUUAUACUUGUGAUGAUGUUUUAAAGGGAAAACUAAAGUGAGAAGAUUGUUGACGAAAAGUAAAGAAGAAAGAGAAUAUCAAAUGAUAAAACUAUUUUUAUUGUCUGUUUAUAAACUACAAUGUAAGUAUAUGAAAGAAUUUGCACAUAUAUAUGAUACAAUUUUAAAGAAAGAAAACAGAUCAUAUGAGAGCGGUGGAAUUAUUUUAAAAUCUAUAUAUUAUUGUUAUCAUAGUUUACAAUGUACUGCACAAAUAAAACUAUUAUGUAAAAAUAAAUGGUGAACAUUUU